AUGGAGCCCAGUGGCAGUAAAUACAACGAGAAGAGCAGGGGCCCUAAGACCGACCCCUGUGGAACCCCAUACGGCAGUGGAGCAGAGCUGGACUCUGAAGUGGGGGAGGUGAGAAGCCUCAUUGAAAAACUUUCAUGUCAAGUAGAGGAGGUGGAAAGAAGACAUGGUGCCAUACUCUCUGCUUCAAACCAAGACAAGAGAUACAAAGAUGAGCUGAAACUGCUGAACAAGGAGGCAAAGAAGAAUGCCAGCUUGGUUCAAGCUAAGUUAAAAGAAAUGCAGGUUAACUCGCCUGUAGACGACAACUGCAUAGGUACCUCAGUGAUCCAGCGUAUUCAGAGGAACCAGCACUCACACCUGACUAGGUGGUUUGCUGAAGUCAUGAGGGGCUACCAUAAGUCACAAAUCUCCUUCAGAGACAAAUGCAAAGCGCAAAUUCAGAGACAACUGGAGAUUGUGGAUAAAGUGACCACAGAUGACGAAUUAGAGGAGAUGCUGGACUGUGACAGUAUUGCCAUCUUCAUAUCUGGUAUCAAAACUGAUGCUCAAACUUCAAGUCGGGCUUUGAGUGAGAUUGAGUGUCGUCAUCAGGACAUCAUCUGCCUCGAGGCCAGUAUCAAAGAGCUGCAUGAGAUUUUUGUUGCCACCGCCAUGCUGUUGGAGAAUCAGGGGGAGUUGAUCAACAACAUAGAAAAGAACGUGACGAGUGCAACAGAGUUUGUAGACAUGUCCAAAGCAGAAACUAACAAAGCAGUCGCGUACAAGAAAAACCCACACAAGAUAGCAUCUCUCCCAAGCUUCUUCAAACCCUUCAAGAGGCGAACAGCUGCUAAAACUGGUAGUGAUCAAAACACCUCAGACUUAAACCAUGACUGA